AUGUCGAAGUAUUAUGAGGUAUCAAAAGUUCUGGGCGUGCGAUCCAUCGGCGGUAAAAAAGAAUACAGAGUGAGAUGGAAAAAUUUUGGAAGUUCGGCCGAUUGUUGGGUGCCGGAGGCCGAUUGUAACAGAGCGAUCAAAAAAUUUGCUCAAAAUUCACUGAAAGGUAAGUUAACUUAAACUGAAGUGAAUUGAACUCGUUUCACCAGCACUUAUUUAUUGUUGAUUGAGAUUUAACUUUUUUUUUUCAUUUGUUUCAGCAAGAGAAAAGAGCAUCGAUUAUUUGGUCUGUGAGAUAGGACAGAAACUCUCCGUCCGAACCGCUCCAGAAAAAGAGUACAUUCGCCGCACUACCGUGAAAGUCCCGAUGGAUCGAGAAGUAUUUGAAGACCUGUUCUGUGGUUUGAGUCGCAGCAGGAACAAGUUUGAUGUGAUGGCUGAGGACCUAGACAGUCUCCUUCCUGCUGGAUGGUCAGAGAAAGCCUUCCGAACCAGAACUAGAUGUGUCGUUUGCAGAAGGCAACCGAUUUCAAUCCGUUUUGCCAAUCAAAGGAAGUUGCACUACGACCAUUCGGAAUGUCCUAGGUGCCAGUGGUCUGGAGAUGGUAAUAAGCCGACUUUGUGUCAAGCAAAGAAGACCUGGCCAGUCGAUCUCAGCUAUCUGUUCUUGACUUUUAGCCGAGAAAGAAGUCAG